AUGGCGGAGGUACUGACCACCAUGGUGGUUGGGCCGCUGGUGUCCAUGGUGAAGGAGAAGGCCUCCAGCCACCUCCUGGACCAUUACAAGGUCAUGGAGGACAAGGAGGAGGAGCACAAGCUCCACAAGCACAAGCUGCCCGCUGUCCUGGACGUCAUCACUGAUGCCAAGGAGCAGGCAACGAAAAAUAGAGAGGGGGCGAAAGCUUGGCUUGAGGAGCUCCGGACCGUGGCCUACAAGGCGAACGAUGUCCUUGAUGAGUUCAAGUACGAGGCACUCCGCCGCAAGGCAAAGGCAAAGGGGCACUACAAGGAGUUCGGUAUGGAUGUCAUAAAGCUCUUCCCUUCUCACAACCGGUUUGUGUUCUGUUAUAGGAUGGCAAACAAGCUCCGUAUGAUUUUGCAAGAAAUUGAUGUCCUCAUAGCAGAGAUCAAUACCUUUAGGUUCAAAUUCAAACCACAUCCACCAAUGUCCAUGAAGUGGAGGCAGACAGAUCCUAACAUGCUAGACAAUUAUGUGAACAUUGCAAGUGACUCAAGAGCAAAAGAGAAGAAGGAGAUUGUUGAUGCAUUGCUUGGCCAAGGGCACAAUGUGGGUCUCACAGACCUUCCUGUGGUAGGAAUGGGCGGGAUGGGCAAGACCACAUUAGCGCAGCUUGUUUACAAUGACUCCGCCAUUCAGAAGCACUUCCAGGUUCAGAUCUAG